AUGUCUACUAUAUUCAGUUCAAGAGUUCUAAAUACUUUAAAUGAAGAAAAAGAUAAUUCAAGUUUAUUUGAAAAAGGAAAUUCUGUGUAUUCUAACCGAUCAGAUGUUGUAGACAGAGAAAAAAAUAUCCCAAACAUAUUUAUUACACCAGAAUGUAAUCAAUUGGAUUGUGUUUUGUACUCAUCAAGUAUAACAAAAAGAGAAAAAGUCAUUCCCAAUAUAUUUGAUUUCAAUGCAUUUCAAGCGAGUCCUACAAAUACUUUCAAUUAUACAGAUAAAUUCUUUGAUUAUCCUAAUUUAUUUACCUUGGACAAGAUAUAUUCAGAACCAUGUGGUUACAAAAGUAAUAUCUGGGAAAAAUAUGGUAAUUAUACAAGUGUAUUUAGUCUAUCAGAUUUUCAGCACACUGAUUGUGCACAACAUGUAGAGAUUAAUAAUAGGGACCAUGCAAAAAAAGAACAAGUAUAUGAAGAUGAUAAAUUUUCACUUGAACCCAAGGAGAUAUUUAUUAGCACCAAUUUAUCAGAAGUAAAUGAAUCAAAUACAACUGAACAAUUUCCUAUCGCUGGAGAAGAAAAGAUUAGUUCUGCUCUAUGUUUUUGGUAUAUUGCCACGGGUAUAAAUGUGAGAGAUCAUAACUUAAAAACAUAUUUUCCUCAAAGAGAAAUUAGUGGCAUAUGUAUCAUGCAAGAUAUUAAACUAAUGUUGAUCAAUAUGGGCACAACUUAUUUUCUUGUAGAUAACGAAACACUUAUGUACAAACGGAAUGGAAACAUUAGUAUUAGUGGCUUAACACCAGAAAUGUUUGAGUCUGCUACUGAUCCAAUUUUGGAGUGUUCUAAUUUAUACAAAGUUAUCAAUAUCACAAUAACCAAAUGGAAGGAAAUGUGUGACAAUAGUAUAGUUCAAGCAUUCAUAUUUUCUGUAUCUAAUAUAUUGGAUGAUUAUGAACGAUCAAUUUAUGCUGUAUUAAACGAAUCUUUGUUGUCACUUGUUGGUCGUUUAUCUUUUAUAACUCCUCGCUUACAGUUGUUAGCGAACAUAUGUAGUAUAAAAACACAUGGUUGUAUGGUCAUUCCAGAUCGUAUACCUUGUGGAAUAACAUUGUUGAACAAAGUUCAUGAUUAUUUAUUUGAAUAUCGCUUUCCGAAUGAUUUAUUUCUGAAGAUGUUGUUGUACAUUUUUGAAUCAUGCUGCUUAGCUUAUUUCAGAUUAUUAUCAAAUUGGGCAUUAAAAGGGGUGUUAAAUAAUGAAGAAACUGGCAUGUUUAUUAAAGUAAAACCAGAUAUUGACGAUGAAGAUUUUGAUAGCCGUAUAAAUUGGAAUCGUUUUAUAAUAGAUGAGAGUGUAGAAGUUCCCUUAUUUUUAAAUAAAUACAAACAUGAUAUCUUACAUUGUGGAAAAACUAUUAAUUUCUUCAAAAAAUUCAACGAUUUAAAUGAGUUUUUACCAAAUUUAACUUGUUGUUUCGAUGCUGUUGAUUCUCAGAAGACUUAUGAACAAUUUUCAACUUAUUUCAAGUAUGACCCUUGUUCAAAAAAUGGAAAUUGUGUAAAAAGAAUGUCAAACUGUUAUCUAUAUGAAUCAAUUGUUGGGUCUAAUUAUUCAAAAGACAAUACUGAUGGUUAUAGUAAUACAACUGAAAAUAUAACCAAUGUUACAGACAUUAAAAUAUAUUCUAACAAUGAAAGUUAUGAAUUGUUUCAAAUACCCGAUUGGACUUCGGUUAAUAAUAUAUAUGACUUUAAUAAACCUUAUGGAUUUUUUGUGGAUCAUGACGAUUCAUUAACAUAUAAUGGAAAUAUUAUUGAUGUUAUUAACAUGAUAGACUAUGUACCACAUUCUAUACUAAUACCUGCUCGCAUACAAAGGAGUGUUUGCGAUAAGCAAAUAUUGGACAUGUACUUUUCCCAAGAAAAUUUAAUGGAACAUCUAUAUUACUUAUCCCAGUGCUUCUUUUUAAUGAAUUGGUCGUUUUCAUCUAAACUGUGCAUGGCUCUAUUUGAAGGUAUUGUGACCAACAGGCAACAACCUACUAACAUCUUCAAUCCAGUCAAGUUAAAAUCUAUUGUAGAUGAUGCUAUUCAAGAUAGUUUUCCAAGACAUGAACUACAUAAUUUGACAUUAGAGAUGACUUUUAUCCCAGGCUUAAAUGGAUUUAUUGAUAUUUCAGAUGUGGAAUGUAUAGAAUUAAAUUAUUCACCUAAAUGGCCAAUGAACAUGAUUUUGUCAAACAAAAUAUUAUUGAAGUAUAGACGGAUAUUCUUGUUUGCCAAUAAACUGGAAUUUGUUUCAUGGAGUUUAUUUAAAGCAAGGGAAAUAUUGAAUGUAUAUAAAAAUGAUACAGGAUUACAAUUUAGAAAGAUUAAUCUUUUUAAACAUUGGAUGAAUCAAUUUGUAUCAUCUAUUCAGCAGUAUUAUAAGCAAGUGGUAAUUAGCACAUGCUGGUCAGAAUUAAACGAAAACUUUGAAAAUGUAAAAAAUUAUGAUGAAUUAUUUACGUAUCACAAACAAUACAUGCAUAAAAUGAUAAAGCGGUGUUUCAUGAUUGUUGGUCUCAAAGAUAAACUUAUUAUGUUGAACAAAAUAUACAUAGAAAUAUUAGCUUAUUAUGAAGCAUUAGCUAGUGGUCAAUUUUACAUGAAAAAUACUGAAUGGUUACAUUCAGAGUUCAUCAGUAUGGAACAGUCUUUUUCUCGGUUUGUAAAGCUAAGAGAAAUGUUUUACAUGAGUGUAUUGAAAACUGUGCAAACCCAGGGAAAUCAUUAUGUAGAACAAUUAGAGAGUUUAAUUACUAUACUUGGACCGUUAAAUAAUAAUUUUACAUGA